AAGCGGGGUCAAAAUGCAGUUUAUCAUGCACCUGCGACGUGCAGGAUUACACGUAAUAUGCUGAUUAACAAAGUACGGAAUAAACCUACGUACGUAUGUGUACUGAUCAACGGAGACACUUUUUUAAAUUGCAACCGACUCUCGGUGGCUCAGAUAUGAAUAAAUUGACAUGCAGGAUUUUGAAACCUUUGGUCUAGUGGAGUGGACAGCCAUCGUAUCUACACUAACUGACUUCACAGACUAACCAGUUAUUCUGCUUACAUAAACCAGAAUUACACUAUCAUGGACAGAGCAUUGGACAAAUUUGAGAGAAUCGAUGCCAGAAGGUUGGCAUAAUAGCGGCCAUGGUUUGUCUACAGACCCGUUGUGGAUGGUCACGGUGGCGUUGGGUCGUCACUUUCGCCACUUUCGGCCAGUUUUUCUUGUCUCUCGGACCCUUGUUCAACUUCAGUACUCUGUUCCUCAGCCUGCAAGAGGAGUUCCAUUCCAGCGCUGCAUUAACGGGUUGGCUAGGAUCUCUCUCGGGUUCACUGUCCUGUCUCGCCAGCCCUCUCAGCGCACUCCUGUCGCUGAAGGUGCGCCACCGUACUGUCGCCAUCUUCGGAGUGGUCGUCUUCUGCGCAGGACUGCUGACGACGUCAUUCGUUCCCGUGCCAAUGCUGGGAUACGCGUUUUUCACGUUCUCGGUCUUGACAGGUGUUGGCGGCAAUCUGAUGACGAACGCGUCCAUCGCACUACUUCUGAACUGGUUUGCGAAAGGGAACUUUUCUCGGGCGAGCGCUCUGGCUCAAACGGGCUCCUCGACCGGCAUGCUCGUCUUUAGCCCUAUGCUGACGGCUUUCAUUACUCGGUAUGGAUGGCGGAAUGCGCUAAGAAUUCUUAGCGGCGGCAUACUCGCUGUUGGGAUCGCCGACUGCUUGCUGUUGACCGACCCACCGUCGACGGAGGGCUACGCUGCAGGGCCCCGUGAGACUCCAACUGAGAAACACGAAUUGGAGAGCAUGGUCCGGGUGGGGCACAUUGGCGAUGAUGGUCACGCCGAAGAGGGAGGCGGCGUAGCCAGGGCGUCUACUGACGAAAGCAUCGAAACGGAAGCCACCAUUUCCUGUUCAGAGUUGCCUCAGAUGGAACCUCAAGUUGACACGGAUUGUCGUGGUCGUCUUCAUAGCUUUGUGACGGACGUUGAGGUUUGGGCGUGGUGCGUGUCCGUCACGCUGUCCCACUUUGGCUGGGCUUUCUUCGAUCUCAAUUUUGCCAGUUAUCUGAAAGAUAUUGGUCUGGGCAGUAACCAGAUUUCCACGGUCGUCAUGUGUUUUGCUCUGGGGGAACUUGGCAGCAAACUCGUGAUAGCCCUUAUAGGAAAUCGUCUGCCGUUCAUGGAAGUGUACAUGUUGCUGGUAUCCAGUCUUCUGGGAACCGUAGUGCUGGGAUUACUCACCAUUGCCAAGACGUUUGGAUUGAUGAUUUUCUUUGCCAUGGUUUCCGGUGUCCUACGGUCUGGCGUCAAUGCCAAAGUUUUCGUCGCUGCGGCCCAACUUUUCCACGACCAGUACGGGACAGAAUGGGCCAUUACCAUGUCGUUGGUUCCAAACGGAAUUGGCUAUCUGAUCAGUUCGCCUUUAGCAGGGAUUCUGUAUGACGUCACAGGUGACUAUGUCUUCAGUCUUCUCGUCAUGACGACCGCCUUCGUGGGCGCUUCGUCGGGCUAUUUAUUUAUCGCAAUAAGGAGGAGAAUCCGGUCACGUGGUUCGUGUUUUCGGUCCCAACGAACCCUACACCCCACGGGGGCGUAGUUCAAACUGCGGCGUCUUCCAGCUCUACUCUUGAGCUCUUCAUACAAAGAGUUUAGAUUAAAUAUUGUUUCUAUAUUUGGGGAAAAUAGUUUUUACGAGAUGUGUUUUUCCAAUUUAAAAAAAUAUAUUAUUUGAUUAUUAUUAUUUAUUUCUCUUUUAGCAGAUAAAAAAUAAAACCUGAAAAUAUAUAUGUCUUGAAAAUUAACCUGAAAAAAAUAUAUCUCAUGACAACAAACUUCGACAAAAUUAUUUCGAGUAUUGUUUCGAAUCAUUUCGGGCGAUUCACUAUGGUGAGCGAAAUCUUUUGACCCUUUCCAAACGCAAAUUGGGUCGACAGAUUAUUAUUGGCCAGUGCGUUGCAAACUCUUGGAGGCGCACUACUGUGAAACAUCCAUAUUACUCUCGUGCUUUGAAAAAUUAGGCUGCAUCCGAAUCUGUUGUCUGGAGCUAGGUCUAGGUCUUCCCUCCAUUGGAAAUGUGCAGAUAUGCGUAGACAUUAGACCUAGCCGUAGCUCUGGAAGCCCGUUUCGGACAAUUACAAUUACAAUUGUAAUUUAACAAUGCGCUAAAUACCUAGAAAAAUCAGAGUUGGUUUACAGUUAUUAUGAAAACACAACAAUA